CUCGUCUUUGGGCAGCCAGCGAACGAGGGAAGAAGUUCCGGCUGCCGGGCAGAGCCGGGCUGCUGGAAGAGUCAGGGUUGUCCCCCGUUCCUGGGGAGGCCGGAGAGCAAGCAGCUGGGACACGCGGAGAGCGGAAGGGGUUGCACAAGCUAGUGAGAACAGAUGGAGGGGGAGAGGACAGGGGAUCCAUCAAGGUACGUGGAGAACGUGGAGCACCGCUGAGAUGUGUCACCCCCAACGUAAGUCAUCGGUAUCAUUAGGGCGCGUUCCCUGGAGGGGGCUGCACGUCUCCUGUUCAAGGUGGAGGCAAAGCAGUUGUCGGCUGACCUCGGUUCUCAGGUGGGAGACAGAAGACCGCUUGGUGCCCAGUGCAUUCCUUUCCAAGCCUGCAUCCGUCAGCCUUGGAGAGCUUGACGGCAGUCAGAAUGUUUGGGAAUCUGACAGCAAGAGGGUCAACCAAUUGUGGCUUUCUCCCCAGGACUUGACAGACAGACCUCCCUUUCCUAGUAGGAAAGGACAAGGGACCUUUCUGGACCACGGCACGUGAAAGUGAGGACACCUUCCCUGUGUCCUCUGUUCUCUGCGUGGUCGUCCCUUAAGGCUCUGGCCCAGAGAGGAUGAGCACAGUGCAGGCGCCUAGGGCCUAGAAGAGCUUCCAAAUCCCACAGAGAUGCCUGCAAGAGCCCGGGGGCUCCACAGCCUGGAUGCUGGUGCCUGCCUCAGUUGGCCCCUUCUGUCCCUCAGGAGCCCCUUCCAGGAUGGGCUUGAGCUUACGCAAGGCUACAAGGUUGAGCUAACGGAGGGAUUGCAAGCCUUCACCUGAAGCUGACGGAAAGCAAGGGGGAGAGGAAACCGAGAUUUGCUUGAGUGGCCCAGUGCUUUCCGCACUCCCUGCUGACUGUGGAGGCUCCUUUCAGGCCUCGUGGCCCUGAGCCCCGCCUGCGACAGCCAGGUCAUGCUGGAGCCUCCCCUUGGUCUGCCGUCUCCUGGGGCAGCCUGGCCACAUGCAGGACCACUAGCUGGUCCCUCACCUGGCCCUGUCGGCCCUUCUCUGAGGCAGAUCAAGCCUAAAGGCCGCGGAGGUCAAGGGGUCAGAAUUCAAACCCGCUGGGCUAAACCCGCCAGCUGUGAACGACUUCUCUCCCUGGGCGCCCACCAUUUUCAUCCCUGGCUGCCUUCCUCCCACGUGCAAAGCACUUACAAAGCUUGUCCGGGUUUUACUGCCAAGGUCGCCCAGUAUGGUAGGUUUCAGGAUCCCCUUUGCAAAGCUUAGAGACGCUCAGUAACUUGUCCCAGGAUGCACAGCUAAUAAGGUGCUGAGAUGCAAACCUGGGACCCGAGUCCAAAGCCCAUGUCUUUUCCACACCCAAAUGAGUCUUUAUGAGGAGGCCAGUCCACUCACCAGAGUCAAAACCUUCCUCAGAGAAGCCCUGCAGCCCAGACAGGCUCCUCCCUUAGAGCCUCAGAAGUUCCCUGCUACUCGGAGCAGCCCUGCUGGAGGUGCUCAGCAGGGGCUUUGGGGUGGGGCAAAUCUAGAUUCAGUCUGGCUCCACCUUUCUUAGCAAGCCCCUGGGCCUCAACUUCCUCCUCUGUAAAAUGGGACUACCAACCAAUGGGAACCCAUCUCAAAGGCUCCUUCGUGCAUUAACUGAGCAAACAUAUGAAAAGUACCAGGCACACAAUAAAUAUGACGACUGUUUCCGCAACUGCCCUCUUUGUCAAUUUGUUUCUCUCCUGCUUAAACUGCAACUUGGAUCUUUUCCUUCCAGAGGUCACGAAAGAGAAACCCCAAUGAAUCAGGGCUCAGCUGAUUCAUGUUCAUUGCUCGGCUGUAGAGCAGCUGGCACCAUGGAGCACUGACCCAUCCUCACAGUGACCACUGGACAUUCACACGUCAUUAUUACCUUCCCUCUCAUACCAAAUUGUGUCCUGGGUCUGUGCACCUUUUAGCACGUGGGGUGGAGGACUCAGCCCCAGAGGGAAGUGAUGUUCCCACCCACAAGGCAACGUGGGCAGCAUCUGGACCACUCCGUGCACACCAUCAUCAGCCAGGACGCCCUGCUCUGCCCCACCAGCCCCUCCCGAGGGGGAGAAAGGAGGGUAAAACUUUCCUUGAUUUUACCUAAUGUAAAUUUACCUCAUCUUAAUUUAAAUCUCAAGGGCAAGGGCGGGAGUCCAAAUUGUCAUUGAGCGUGGAAGGUUUCCCCAAAUUGCUUUGGGGGCCUGCCCAGGAGCUGCAGAUGCGCUGUUUAAGGGGAACACCCUACAAGCGCCAAUGCUGUGCAAGGUCAGCCAAGAUCCAGUCUAAGAAUGAGGGAGCGGAGUGGUUUACUAAGGCAGAGAAACCGGGCAGACAGAGCACACCUGGGGGUGGAUCCCAGGACAGGGAAGCCCCCUGGGCACGCUGGUCAGUCACUGCCUUGCUUCUCUCUCCCUUUUACGUUGGGGAAAGGCAAUGUUGUCCUAGUGACCACCAUGUCCCGGCCCUAGGUUAGGCAGGAUGCGUGGUGGGGGUGAUAGCGACAUUUACAGAUCGUUCCUAGCUGCCAGCCACCUCACAGACGUGAAUUCACUGGGUCCUCACAACGACCCCAUGAGGCAAGUACUACUGUUAGUUUCAUUUUACAGAUGAGGAAACUGAGGCACAAACAGGGUUCAUAAUUUGCAGAGGGCCACUCACAGCUGCCAUAACCAGGAGCCAUGUCCAAGGGGGCCUGGCAUCAGUGUCUGCCCUUCCCAUUAUGUUAUACUGCCCCCCUCUGGAGAUUAGAAAUGAUGCCAGCUGGCAUUUAGUGAGCACCUACUAUGUGCUUUACACACACGUGUUCAUUUAACGCACUCGGCAAUCCUGUCGGCGGGUGUUACGCAGUGGUAGAUAGGGGAUUCCUUCUCCGCGCUUUCAAAAGCCCAAGAUCUCAGUGACGGUAGCUUCCAUGUAUUGAGUCCUUAUGCUGCGUAAGUGUCCUCGGGGCUCUUGAUAUGUUUUCACCCCCGCCCUUCACAACCACCCGGUGAGGUAGCUAUUGUUGCGGAUGAAGGAUCGGAGGCUCAGAGAGGGGAGGUAACUUGUCGAGGUCACACAGGACUAGGAAAGGGGAGCCCUGGUCUGACUCUCAAUCUCGGGCACUUUCCACCACCCUCUGCUGUGUGCCCAGGCGGGACCCGGGUGGGUGCUCACACACACACACACUGGCAGCCAAAGCUUUCUCGCGGCUGCCUGCAUGCAAGCCCCGCCUGGUGAGACCUCUUUCCUUCCACCUCCUGGACGGGCAGCUCACACUCACCUCUGCCUGCUCUCCCCUCACAGGGGAUGGUCCCUUGAGGAGGGCAGUGUUUCUGAUUCAUCUCUGCACCCCACACAGGCACAGCCUCCCCAGAGCAGGGCCUAGAGCGAGGCAUACGCAGUCCAAACCUCAGGGGUUGACACCCAUGUGGCCCUAGUGGCCCAAGAGCUAUGACUUAUCAACACAACCUCCCAGAAAGGGCACAGCCUCCAGCUUAGGGCAGCGGUGCCCCUAGUGUCCCAAGACCAGCAGCACCAGCAUCCCCAGUGCCCCACCCCCACCCCCACCUCCCGAGUCGACAUCUCCCGGUUGGGGCCCAGCACUCCAACAAGCCUUCUGGGGCCCUGAGAAGGACCCCUGCCUUACGGAAGGAAAGGGGACAAGGUCCCCACGUUGUUCUCAAACAUGGUAGGAAAUGCUCCAAGAAGCUGAUCUUUUCACAUCGACUGGAGCUGUGGUUUUAAAUAACUUUGUCUGAAGAACAUUUUUCAGGGUUCAUGUUUAGAAGGAUCACCUGGGUGGCCACAUCUGAAUUCUUUUUCUUGCCACUGUAAAGCAUCCCAUGAGGGAUUCCAUGAAGAAGGCGGGAUGGUUGUCAGUCCCUCAUGGCAAGGAAGUUGUCUCUCCUUCCCUGGAGGAGCUGGGCUCUCCACUGCCACGCCCCUGGGAGAAAGGACAGCUGUCAUCUACCAAACAGGCAUCUGCCAUCUACUUCCAACCUCCAGCAGGAAGCGAGAAGGCCAGAGACAGCCAGGCUCUGGUGUGUGUGUAUACGUGUGUGUGUGUGUGUGUGCACGUGCGCAUGGGGUUUAAGGGUUUAGGAAUUCCUGGGUUUAAGACUUCCUGAUUCUCCAGGCAAGGCCCCUCCCCCAUCCCAUAAAGUCAUGCCUUCCUGGCUGUGCAGGGACAGGGAAUAUGGCACCCUCCAGUAUGCUCCCUGAAGGACAGCCAGGUCUAGCUUUGCCAAAGCAGAUGCUCCCUGAUGGGAAGAGGAGGGCCAUAGAAGGUAGAAGAGAAGGUGCUAAGAGAGAAGCUUGCUGCCACUCCCCACUCUGCAUGGACACCAUGGCAGAUGGAAGCCCCCAGAAACCCAAAGACUCUCUCUGCCUUGGCUGCAUAGGAAGGGCAGAGUCAGGUAGCACAGACACCUGAGUCUGAAUCCCAACUCUGGUGCUCUCUCGCUGUGUGACCUUGAGCAAGUUCCUCAGCCUCUCUGACCCUCAAUUUUCCCACCUCAGAUUCCUUUGGCAUGAACCCUGCCUAGCUUGCCUCUGGUUGUGACCACUGAGCAAGACCGUGGAUACCAACUGUGUGGUGGGUAGCAGGAGCUGCAUAAAUGGGGCAGAUGCCUGGAACUGUCCAGCAGGGUGCUGAUGCUCACAGAAGGCUCUCCCAGCUCUGCCUCUCUGCCUCUGCCACCCAGCCCCAUGGCUCCGACUUACAGAUGGGUGAACGCUGCAGCACCCCUGACCCCAUGGUCUGGGUGCCCUGCCCAGAACCUCCUCUCCUGCCCAAACCUGGAAUGCUCCAGGGAUGCUUUCAUGGGGUGCCCUCUCCCAAAUUUCCUGGUUCUCUUCCCAGGGGCUGGAGACAGGAUGGGUGCCAAGGGACACCCUCCUCCCAACAAAUCCAAGUGUUUUUUUCUCUGGGAGCCGCUGAAGGGGCCUCCUCUCUGGACAAGGCUCCCCAAGGUGGAGUUCAGGUUAUUGGGUAUAAUCAGGUUAUUGGUGUGCCUGACUCCACAGCUCAUAACAAGAGAGCCAUGCUUGCCAGUAAGGGGCACGGCAGGCUUUCACAGCCUUUGCACCAUACACAGAAUCUCAGGUGUGAUGGGGUGCUGGCAAUAGGACAUCCUGUGACCCAAGGUCGUGAGAUGAGCUCCCAGGAGACCUGAGGGCAAGAACCAGGAGAGUGGGGGCUGCGGGUGGCCAGGGGUGGGAUGGUCCUGAGCAGAACUCCUCAGCCUCCAUGAGGCAUUUCAGAAGCUCCUGGAGGAACCCCUUUUAAAUGCCGGUUGUAGGCACUCUCUCCUUCCCAACAGCCUUGGGUUCAAACCCCACACCCUCAGGCAGUAAACCCCUCUAGACUCCAGGUUCCUCCUCUGUAAGGAACGAGAGUAAUUGCCGCUUUUCAAGGUUGUUGCAAAUAUUAAUUACAUAAUAAUAAACAGUCAAUAAUAUUGGGGUAUAUGAAGUACUUAUCCUAUGCCAGGCACUUAGUACAGGGGGAUGUCUCUUAUUCAUUGAUUCAUUUGCUCCUUUGACAAAGGCCCAGGCACUGUGCACGGACUGGGGACACAGUGCUGAAGCAAGGGCAAGGCCUGGCCUAUAAACCUACCACCUGAGAUGGUCUCCUCCCCUCCCCCACAUGCAUCUGGGCAGACCUUGCCAGGCACGGCAAGUGCCUCAGCUCUCCACCUCUCCAUCCAAAGGAAGGCCCAACGUCACUACAAUUGAGCCUAACCCGGAAUGCCUGAAAUUACUGAUCCAGAGUAGUUUAUAAAACACACUGCAGAUCAGAACUCAUUAUUGGGUAUAAAAAUCACUUACCAAAUUGCAAAUAGGUUUUCUUUUAAAUAGAAGGAUAGAACAGAAGGUAUCAGAGUAGUACAGAUAAGCAGAGUGAAUUUUGCUUCCUGAAUUUUCCUUGAUCUACAGUUGGCCCUCGAAUAACGAGGCGGUGAGGGGCACCAAUGUCCACCCCAUGCAGUCAAAAGUCCGUGUAUUUUGACUCCCCCAGAACUUAACUACUGAUAACAUAAACAGUCGAAUACAUAUAUAGCCCGUACUCUAUUAUUACAAUAAAAGAAGCUAGAAAAAAUAAAAUGUUAUUAAGAAAAGCAUAAGGAAGAGGAAACACAUGUAUGGUACUGUACUGUAUUUAUGGAAAAAGCCGCGUAUAAGUGGACCCAUGUUGCUCAAAGGUCAACUGUAUACGUCUCUGAGCAGGUUCUGUGCUGUGAAGGAAGUGUAUUUCCUAUUCCGUGUUGAGUGAAAAAACAAGCAGGUGUCAAAGACCUCCACUCUUGGGAGACAUGUGGAGAAAGGCACGCACAUAGCUCCCUUUAUGCCCAGCGGCCAAAAGGUAGAACACAGUUCUGUGGUGGCUGGGGCUCACUGGGCCUCUUCCUGGGGCGGUGUCCCCCUGGCCGGGGAAGGACCCAGGACCUGGGGAGUCGGGCGGCACUAAUCACCUGGGGACUCAGGUAGUGACUGCCUCAGGGACCAAUUUCAGGACGCUUUCUUUCCUCAGCUCUCUCCAGCGUGGGGAGCAGCCCAAAGAGGAUGGGCGGAGCCAGUUUGUUUCUUAUGGUUCCUGUUUUACCAGUAGGUAGAAGUUAAGUGACUUGCUCAAGAACAACCCUGCCCUGGUACCAGGCCUCCAGCUCUUUCUACUGUCCAGAACUGCCUAUUCGAUUGCUAGCUCAUUUUAGUUCUUACCGUUUCCAGAAUUCAGGGCAAGAUGUUCUUGGAAAUGUGGAAGGUAUGAAUGAAUGAAUGGAUGAAUGAAUGAAUGAACAAAUGAUGUUCCAGUGGCUGGGCUAAUGUUUUCUCCUUGAUUCCACAACAGCAGUUCUCAGCCAGUGCCGAAUCUGCCCCAGGGAACUUCAGCAAAUAGUGCCAAGGUUGAGAACCCCCGUUAUUUAUACACAGGUGCAUAACAUGGGCUCCAUUUUACAGAUGAGAAAACUGAGGCUCAAAGACUUGCUGUAAUUUAGCCGAGGUUAUACCCAGGGCAUGUAGACGAGCACCAGAGCCUGGACCAGACCCAGGUGGACCCACCAUUUUGGUGGCCCCUGUGUUUCUGAAAGAGCUGUGUGUCCCCCUUCCAGAGACUGCCCUGCCCUGGCCUGAUGGUCAGUAUAGCCCCUGGAGUUUGGGUUUGGUCUGUCCACUGAGGCCAUCUGCCGAGAGCACCUGGUGGAUCCGCUUCUCAAAGCCCAGCGAUGCCAGGCCUGAUCUCCUUGCUGGUGGAAGGGGGUGUCCAAAAACAGCUCUGGCUGAGUCUAGCACAUCUGGCCACUGGGAACUCCAAGGAGUGUUCCCCGACAGUGGCCGGCCACCAGAAAUGGUCAGAAACAGGGCUGCGAGACCCCUGCCCAAGGAUCCUUAUCAAAGUGAGAAUCCAGAGGCUCCCGGAGCCCCCGUACAUGGGAUGGUCCACUAUCUGUAUGUCAGGCCAACUGCCACAAUACUGGGUCAGCAGUUGGGCGUCAGCCACUGAAAUCAGCCGGUGCUACAAAGCAGGAACUUUGCCCUGGACAGCCAGUUGUUAAACAUUACUCAGCCCCCCGGUCACACAACCAGGGAACAAAACAGGAGCCAGCAGGGUCAAGUUGCUGGGUCUUUGAACUCAGCCCCUCUCUCCACCUCUCUCGUUCCUCCCCUGGCCUCUAUAUCUUGCUUCUCCCCCAUUAUCCUGUGACUGGGAGCUCCACUGGGCGUGUGGGGAACUCAGACCAGGCCUGGCCUUCCUUAUGCCAGGCUCCCUGACCUCUAGCUGCAGACAUGGGUAAUGCUCAGAGGCCCCUGAGGAAAUGUCCCGUCCAGACACCCGGGAGACUGGUGACCCAGGAAGGAAAUGCGAUUCAGACUGAGCUGAGCUCCAGGGAGAAAGCCUCUCUCCUCCCUUGCUAUCUCCUGAGGGCAGCAGAAUGCCCACAGUAGCUGUGCUCACCUGCUCACAACUGGCUCUGUGAGUCCAACGAGCCUGGCCAAGCUGGUUCCUCCAGCCACAUUCCUUGCGAUUCCUGGACUCCUACAUGUUUCAGGGCUUGGAAACCCCUCGCACAUGUGAUGCGAUUCAGGGGAGAUUCAGACACGGGCCAGGCCAGUGCUGCCGUUGGGGCCCCUGGUGCAUUCCUGUACACUGUAUUCCUGGGGCUGGAGGAAGCCAGGCUUGUCCUCUCCCAGGGCACAAGAGAGUGGGGUCAGUCUGAGAGCCUUUGUUUUUCCAGGUCUAGUUCCUAGGCUGGGGCCAUUCAACCAGGCCAGGAUGUAGGCCCACCCUCUUCCCCUGCUCACUCCAGACCAGUGGAACCAAAAUGGCCAAACCAGAUGCACAAUGACCCGUGUACAAAUCAAAGCUGCAUUUUCCAUGCAUGAGCCAAUCUGAGGCAAUCUGAGGUAUAUGUGGCCCCGUGUCCUUGGAGAUUCACCUGAGUUCCACAAGGCAGAGCCCAGAUGGGGCAAUGAUAACAGUGAAUGCAAGCAUGAGAAGAAGUUUUAAAACUACAGACCCUAAAACCCAGCGAGGCAGGCACCUGCAGUCCCCACUGCCAUAACAGAGGAAAAAAAAAAAAAAAUCCCACUUUGCAAUUUGCGUCUGGUCACCAGGAAGCUCUAGUUUUGUGGAAAGAGGGCUGCAUCUAACCCCUCUAGAACCGUCACCCAGAGGCACCCGCUGGCUGACCCGGGGACAGUCUUCCUAGCUGGCGGACGAUGCAGGGGAAUAAGAAGUGCACGGACGGGUUCAGCGACUCCUCGAGCAUCGGCAGUGUGCUGGACGAUGCAGACAGGGAGGUGAGCAGCCUCACAGACCGGGCGUUCCGAAGCUUGUGCAUCUCAGAGGACACAUCCUUCCACGACUCCGACCUGACCCUGUCCCCGGAUAUCACCCGCCAGGUGUUUGGGAGUCUUCACCAGGGAACGGUGAGCCACACCCACAGGAAAAGCGGUAUUUGGAGCCAGUUACCGUCACAAGGCACCGAGCAUGCGGGCUGGGCAGCCACGUUCCAGCAGCUACCCAAGUACGUUCAAGGGGAGGAGAAGUAUCCCAAAAGCAGCCCCCCACUGACGCCAGCCCAGAGGAGACUGGAGGUGCCAGUUUCCGGCCUGAGGAGCAGCAACAAGCCUGUUUCUAAAGUGUCAUCGCUAAUUAAAUCCUUUGACAGGACUGAGAGCCAACGCUGUGACAGCAGGCCCCCAACCAGUAAGCCCCCGGCUCUCAAGAACCCCCCCAAAUUUGCUCCUCUUCCAGAAAGUGGCGUCAACUUCUGCUUCGAUUCUGCCUUUCUGACUGUCAGGAGGGUGCCCGCUGAAGUCUCUGGAGCCCAUCAGAGUAGCCACCAGCCUGGCAAGAAGCACGGAGAGCAGGAGUCCCCCAAGAACCCCGAGAUGGCCUGUCACAGCUCCAGCAGCUUCCUCCCAACACCUGAAAACACGGCCAAGGCGUUCGAGUCAAAGUUCCCCUCUCCUCCCCACAAGCCAUCCAAGGGCGAGUCUGGAAGAGGUAAGGAGUGGCCUCGCAAAGGGACCUUUCUUCAUAGUGAAAACAGUGCUUUUGAGUCGUGGAAUGCCCACCAACCGCGGCUGCCCGAGAGAAAGGAGGCUGCUGACCCUGUCCCAGAAAGCAAAGCCCCCAAGCGUUACGAGAACACGCCCUUGUUAAAAGAGCCCCCGGCCUCUGAGCACAAAGUCUCCCCCUGCCAGGCCCGGGCCAGCUGCAGUCAGGAGGAGAGCAGGCUGGCAGCAGGAGCUCUCUCUGCAUCGGGACCCUGGGGACCUCGGGAUUCGGGGCCCCAGGUAUUCAGUACAGAGGGAAAUUCUAGCUCCCAGCCCGACCUUCAGGGGAAGCCCACCCAGCCACCAUGGAGGAAACCAAAGUCCAGCAAAGGAAAGAAGGAAAGUCUACAAGAUGCAUCGGAAGAGAAGAAGCAGGCCACCAGAAGAGGCCCAGCCUUGUACACAAAGCACAAUCCCCAGGGACAGUUUCCAGAAAACGAGGCUCUCGACAUGCCCAUGGACCCCAACGAGCAUUACAGCCCUCCUUUCAACAUCAGUAAGCUUCUGACCCCCAUCAUACCCACCAAGAAUAUCCUGGAGCCAUCUGACAGCCAGCCGGUGGAGAUAACCCCAUCACCCUCAGGACAGCUAAACGGGUACCAAGAGAAGGAACCCAGUGAAUGUCAGUCUCGGGACAGCUACAAAUCCAAAGCCCCUAGCCUGCUGUUCAACCUGAAGGAUGUACGGAAGCGUGUCAAGAGCACAUAUAGUCCCUCACCUCUCUCGAAAAGCCUCGAGGAGAAAACCAGGGGCAAGCAAGAACCCGUGAGCAAUGGGAUCAUCCUUCCCAAUGGGCUUGAGGAGAGCCCUCCAAAUGAGCUUUCUAAGGAAAGGGCAGCUGAUGCCCCUUCUGUGUCACACAUCAGUCCCCAGAUGGACCCUAAAGCGGACCCUGGUACAGCCUCUGUGGACAACUAUCUAACUCUUAACUCACCUCCAGCCAUCACCCAAGCCCCCUUCUCCGUCAAUGGGGAGGGAGCUGACAGAAACAGCUAUGAGAAGGACGAUGGAGAACCGGAAAUGGGCACCACCAGGUCUGGGAAGUGUCCAGAGUCCAGGGAACAGUGCCCCAGGAAGCACCUGUCUCUGCGGCUUUGCAGUAGAGAGCCUGAGGCAGGGAAGGCUGCAGAGAAACCAAAGACCCCCAGCCUAGAAAAGGGGUUCUUGAGAUCCGUGUCUCAAGAGACAGAACCCGAGAGAGAGGCAGGACUUCAGAAUCCAAACUUCAACCAGAAAUUCUCCCCAGGGCCUCUCUCUCCCGAGGAAGAAGAUGUGUUUUACAGUGACAGCCAAUCGGAUUUCAUGCCAUGCUUCAAAAGUAAGGCCAAAUUCAGCACCAGCUCUUCAGACCAGUCCUUUGCCUCCUUUGAGGACCAGCAGAAGACGUGGUUCAUGGAGAGCCAGCAGGAAGACAGGAGGAAUGACGUAAGUGCAGGUGACAGUCAGAAGGACGAGAAGGAGAAAGCAAUAGGGAAAGAUGAGACACAGCACGGUGCCUUAAGUAACGGGCAGGUGUGCGUGCAGGAGCACAGCCAGGGGGCAUCGUCGCAAGGAGAAGGGGAAAGCUCGUCUGGAUGUAGACCCAGGAAGGCAUCGAGAGAGGAAGCUAACUUCAGAGGCACUUGGAUCGCGGGAAGUAAGGAUACAACCAGAGACCCUACCCCCUCGCCAUCUUCCACUAUGAACAAGCACAAACUGUUUGCAAUUAAAGACAACACCCUCAGGGCCACCCCCGUGAUAAAACCCAUCAUGUUGCCCCUCCUGAGGGCCAUGUCAUCAGAGGACCCUCUGGGCAGCGGCCACAAAGAGGAAGACCUGCCAAAGCCAGGCUGGGGAGAAGAGGCUGGUCUUUGUGGCCCUGCGAGCCAGGAAGUGGCCAACACGCCUACAGCCGCUAACACGCAGGGCACACACUUGAAGCACAUGGCCUGGGAGAGCACAGAGGACCACGGGCAGGUGCCAGCCCCGACGGGGAACAUCGCAUCUCCUCCACUCGUGGCGGAGGCUGAAGGGCUGAAGCCACCCCCAGAGGCUGCACGUCGAGUUGUGGCAAACAAUGGCAAGAACAGCUGCACAGUCCAGGGGAAGCUAGAUGCUCCAAGGUGCAUCCCCACCAUCGCUUUGCCUGAGGGCGACCCGGAAGACCAGCCACCCCCACCGCAGCCGGGAACCUGCUGGGAAGAGCACACACAAGAUUUCAAAAGUCACUUAUUGUCUACACCCCGAGCGGGGCCCCCGGGGAGAAGACUGGUCCCCGGUGAGAUGGCAACUUCCCCCAAUGCCAGCUCCCCGGAUGAGAGCAGCGCGUGCUCCCCUGCCGCCAGCAGCGUCUGGGACGAUGCCUCCCAGGCCCCCAGCGAGCCGGGCCUGCUGCCGGGGGAGCCUCCCCACACCAGUCCCUGGGCCAGCCCCUACUCUGCCAGGGUGGCCCGCAGGGAGGACCUGACCCACGCCCUCACGUGGGAGGCUGGCUCGGACCCCCAACUUGAGCCACCUGCAGAAGACCUCAGGACACUUUCUCCAAGAGGCUUGGUGCUGGACGCGGCCGCCGGCUCAGCAGGCCUCCCUGAGAAACCAGAACUUCCCGCCCCGCUGGAGAGGGCCGCCAGCAAGCCUCCUGCAGUCCCACCCAAAACAGAGAAGGCCCUGCGGCGGGCAAAAAAGCUGGCCAGCAAGAGGAGGAAGACCGACCAACUGCAAGAAAAGCAUGGAGAACCCCUGGAAGAAAAGCCGUGCCUGGAGGACCUUGAACGAGGGCCACCAGCCCCUGGAGAGAGGCCCCGACCCAGGUGCCCCGGGGUCCGCUCCCUGCCCCCUCCCAUCCACCGCCACUCAGUGUCUGCCUUCUCAGAGCCCAUCAGGAGGCAGCCUGGGGGAUCCCAGUCCCUUACUCCCCUGCCCCCUUACCCUGCCACCCAGAAGGUUCUCCAAGACCCCCAAUCUGGAGAGUACUUUGUCUUCGAUCUGCCACUCCAGGUGAGAAUCAAGACCUUCUAUGACCCCGAGACGGGCAAAUACGUCAAGGUCUCCAUCCCAACCUCGGAGGGGGGCUCCCCGGAGCCACCCCCGCCAGAUACUCCGGAUGCUCCCUACAUGCUGUACCCCCACUUCCGGCCCCUGCCCGUGACGGCCUUGAUGCCUCUGCGCUGCUCCUCUCAGCUGUCUGCCCCCACCUUCCUAAGUCAGGGCCCUCACACCCCCGAGGCAGCUGGGCCCGGGCCCCGGAGGGCCCGCGAGGCCAGCCUGCAGCUCCAGCUGGGCCCUAGGGCUCGAGGCGACCCCACCCGGCACUCCGCAGGCCAGCGCCCUGAUGCUCCUUCCCCAAGCCUGGGGGAAGAGGGGGGAGAUGCCCCACGCCUGGGCAUCAUCUCCACCAACGACCUAGAGGACUUCGCCACAGAAGGCAUUUCUUGAGAAUUGCGUCUGAUUAACCUCCCCGCCCCCAGAUAAACCCAGAAGAACUUACUUCCCCUUUCCCCAAAACAAUACACACACACACACACACACACACACACACACACCAACACAUACUUAGCCAUGUGAGAUCCCUAAAUUCCCAAAGGAAGUAGGAAUUCUGAGAAAACCCCACUUGAAGGGCUUCUCUCCCUGGGAAGGUGCUAUUUGCAUGACCGGGUCCCUCCCAAGCCCCUUCCCAGAUCCUGGAUCUGCUCCACUGACCCCCUCUCUCUUCCCCUCCCUUACUCCCUGGCCUCCUCUGGCUAUGCCCCUGGGGCGGGAUCAGAGGACUCCUAAUGGCUGCUCUGCCCCAGCUGCCCACCUUCUUCUUCUCAAGGGCUGGCUCAUGCAGUGAGCAAACUCCCCAGGCCCCCAGAAUCGCUGCACUGCGCUGAGCUGAGCCCUGCCCGCAAGCAGACCACCCAGCCCAGCCCCUCCAGGUCCAGCGUGGUAUAGACGACAACUCCACCCUCGCUCCAACGCAGCAGCCAUUUCCAGCUCACGGCAGGCAGAGAUGGCUGAGGACUGACCCAAGGCAAUCUUGCAGAAAUGUUUAUCUGGAUAGAAUGGGUUUUCUUUACUGAGGAAGCUUUCCUCUGAAGGCUAUUUUCUGAUCGACAAAAGGCUACCUUUUAAAAAGUGAAACACGUUUGCAGAUGUGAUUCUGUCCUGGA